ACACUGGUCAGCAUUCUUUCUCCGAGCCUUGAAGUUGAGCAGCAUUCCAUUGCGCAAACCUCCCUUCAGGCUUGCGAUUGCCUAAUUGGGCCCCAUACUCCUCAGCUGUGCUUGCGAGAGAAGAGGUCAGAACCAGAACAAGACAAGGACGACCAGAAGGGGUUAAAUUUCGCGCAAUGGGGAAGAAGAGCAAGAAGCCUGGGAAGGGCAAGGAGAAGACGGAGAAGAAGACACUGAAGUCGCAGGAGAAGAAAGCGCGCAGGGAGGAGAAGGCUGUGGCGGAAGAAGACGACAUUGACAAGAUACUGGCUCAAAUAAAGAAAGAGGACGCAAAGAAGGUUGAAGUGCAAGUUGACGAGAAUGUGGCGGCUCCUUCGCCCCGCUGCAAUUGCACAGUCACCUUGAAUCCUCUCAAAGACACCGAGCUAAUUCUGUAUGGGGGGGAGUACUACAAUGGAGACAAGACGUAUGUAUACGGAGACCUGUACCGCUACAACAUCGAGAAGAAGGAAUGGAAGCACGUCUCCAGCCCAAACAGCCCGCCCCCUCGGAGUGCCCACCAAGCGGUGGCCUGGAAGAACUUUCUGUUCAUCUUUGGGGGCGAGUUCACAUCGCCAAACCAGGAGCGAUUCCAUCACUACAAGGACCUCUGGCGACUGGACCUUAACACUAACGUGUGGGAGCAGCUCAACCUCAAGGGCGGCCCGAGCCCGCGCUCCGGCCACCGCAUGGUCUUAUACAAGCAUAAGCUAUUGGUGUUCGGCGGCUUCUACGACACGCUGCGCGAGGUGCGCUACUUUGACGACCUGCACGUGCUCGACCUGGACGAGAUGAAGUGGACCGAGGUCAAGCAGAAGCCGGGGGCGAUCGCCCCGUCCCCCAGAAGCGCCUUUCAGAUGGCGUUGAAUGGCGACGAGGUGUUCCUGUACGGCGGCUACUUCAAGGACUACAAGGCCAGCAAGGACGGGGGAGGCGACGACAAGGGCAACGUGCUCGCGGACAUCUGGUGCCUGGACCCGCGGACCUUUAUUUGGGAGAAGGUCAAGAAGCAGGGCAGCCCCCCCGGCCCUCGAGCAGGCUUCUCCCUGUGCGUGCACAAGAAGCGGGCGGUCAUGUUUGGCGGCGUGGUCGAUGCGGAGGACAAGGAGAAGGACGACCUCAAGAGCACGUUUCUGAACGAGAUGUUCAUCUUUCAGAUGGACAAUAAGCGAUGGUUCCCUCUAGAGUUGCGAAAACCGAAGGCCCCUAAAGGCCGAACAAAGUCCAAGCCGGUCGCCAAAGUGCAAGCCCAGAAAGAGGUAGAGGAGGACGAUGCGGAAAGCGGGGACGACUUUGACGCAGAAAAGGUAGUCGAAGAGAUGGACGAAGAAGUCGAGGAGGUUGUGUCGAGUAAAGCGAAGAAGAAGAAGAAGAAGCGAGGGGGGCUGAAGAGUAGCGCUGCGGGGGGCAGCGAAGCAGCGGCGGAAAACUCGGAAGAGGGACAAAGUUUAAUCGAGGAGAUGGACCGGCAGUUUACCGGGGAGGCCCAGGUGGCGGACGAUGAGGACGCACACGUGGCGGACGCUGGGGAAGGGGUGGGGAAGAUUGACUUGGACGACAUAGUGGGCGAAAUGGAUGAGGAGGUAGAGAGGCGAGUCGGGCCAGGCGGUCCGAAAGCGGGUGAAACGGAUCCCCCCGAAACCGAAAAAGACGCGCCGGAGGACGCUGGCGGAGGGGAGGAGUUGUCGGCGGAUGCGAUUCUAGGGGAGUUGGACGAGGAACUAGAGGAGCGGUUCGAGGCGGAAGAAGCGAAGGGAGGUGCGGAGGAGGCUCCGAGUCGAUCGAAGGAGCAAGCCGAGCAAAGCGAAGAUGCGCCUUCCGUUCCUUGCGGGCGGAUCAACGCAUCUCUAGUUGUGAGCGGCAACAUGCUGCUGCUGUACGGCGGCAUCAUGGAGGCUGGCGACAAGGAGAUCACGCUGGACGAUUUGUGGACGCUAGACCUCGCCAAGCUCGACGGCUGGACGCAACUUAUCGAGGCCACGGAGACGGACUGGGUCGAGGUAGAAGACGAGGAAGAGAGCGACGAUGACGAAGAGGAGGAGGAGGAAGGGAGCAGUGACAACGAGGAGAGCGAGGAGGAAGGCGAGGAGCCCGCCCCCCUGACGGCCGGAGAAGAAGCAGCUGCGGCGCUCCGCGCGAUUGAGGCCGGGAAGAUGUCGCGGAAGCAGCGGAAGAUUGAGCUGGACAGGCUGCGGUCGGAGCUCGGACUGCAGGACGCGGACCGGACGCCACUGGCAGGAGAAAGCCUUCGGGAGUUCUUCGCGCGGACAGGGAAGCACUGGCAAAUACAAGCGUACGAGAUCACUAGCCAUACGGGCAAGGAGCUUCGAAGGGACGGCUUCGAGCUGGCGGAGGCGCGCUACGAGGAGUUGCGGCCGGUGCUGACGGAACUAGAGCGGCUAGAAAAGGAGCAGCAAGCGGAGGAGGAGGAGCUCGCCAAGGCGGCGCUGAAAGCAAAGGAGAAAAAGAAAGUGCCGUCAAGGAGGUGACAAAGACCAGGGUCGUGUCAUCUGUCAAAACAUAUAUUUGUCUGAAGCGUAACGUUUGUCAAAAGCUGGCUGAUAUCCGUUACACAACGUGUGGAAAUUCACGGAGUUUGGAAAGAUGUGAAUCCUUCGCGUACAGCAUGCCAG